ACUAAAAUGGGUUACAAACCGGAAUGUCAAAAUUAUUAUGACGUUUUCGUUUUCGUUUUAGUAAGCAGUGACGAAUAAGUGUUUAUUUGCCAUUUAAAAUCCAAAAUAUGGCUGCUGAAAUAAAACCUGCGCCUAGGACACCUAAUGACAGAUUUUCAACCACCAAAAAACCUGCUCUUCUAAGCAAAUUGGAAGGUUGUACUGACGACGUCAACGCUGCAGUUGUGAUUCCUGGCGAGGACGGAGUUAUUAGUGUUUGCGAUGAUAAGACAGUUCGAGUAUGGUUAAAGAGGGAUUCAGGACAGUAUUGGCCUAGUAUCUGUCAGUACAUGCCAUCAGGCUGUACAUCAAUGUUCUACACACCCGAAACCCGCCAGCUAUUUAUUGGUCAAGAAAAUGGAACUAUUUCUGAGUUUACACUGGCUACUGAUUGCAAUAGGAUAAAUCCCACACGAGAAUACCUAGCACACACCGCACGCGUCACUGCUGUGGUGUUUUCUCUGAGCUGUGAGUGGGUUCUCUCAGUGAGUCGAGAUAAACUAUUUUCAUACCACUGCAGUGAGACUGGUCGCAGGAUUGGUGGUUACUCCUUUGAGGCAUGGUGCACUGCCUUACAAUUUGAUUCUCAAUCAAAAUAUGCAUUUAUCGGAGAUUACAGCGGGCAGAUAACAAUGUUAAAAUUAGAUAAUAAUGGUGCAACCCUAGUCACGACAUUAAAAGGACACACUGGUUCUGUGCGAGUUUUGAACUGGGCUCCUAUACCGCAGUUACUGUUUAGUGGUUCCUUUGAUCAAACAAUUAUUGUUUGGGAUAUUGGUGGCCAGAAAGGGACAGCAUAUGAACUUCAAGGUCAUAGCAACAAGGUGACGGGGCUGUGGUACGUGGGCGGCUGCACGCGCCUGGUGUCGUGCGGCGAGGACGGCGCGCUGGGCGUGUGGGAGAUGGGCGUGGCGCGGCGCGAGACGCCGGCGUGGCGCGAGGCCGACCUGUGCCAGCUGUGUCGCGCGCCCUUCAUCUGGAACGUGCGCGCCAUGAUGGAGAAGAAGCAGCUCGGUCUCCGCCAGCACCACUGCCGCUGGUGCGGCGCGGCGGUGUGCGGCGCGUGCUCCCCGCACCGCCUGCCGCUGCCCGUCAUGGGCUUCGAGUUCCCGCAGCGCGUCUGCGCCGCCUGCUACGACACGCUGCGCCAUGAGCCACGCGAGUCGCUGGCGUCGUUCCACGACAUGAAGCACGCCGUGGCGUCGCUGUUCGUGGACGAGGCCACGGGCCGCAUGUGCACGGCGGGCAAGGAUCGCGUUAUCAAGGUAUGGGAUAUCAGUGUGCUGCUUGCGCCUGCGCCGAAACCGGGUACCAGCGACCAGUAGUCGUAACCGAACUUCGUGCGACGUCCAGCGAGUUCGAUAUUCGUUCAACUACACCACGUUGUAGCAAGUGUCUAACGAUAAAAUGAUAAACCGUGUAGAUUCGAAAUAUACAGAAUCGGAAAAAAAAUUGGAGUAAAUAUAUCCAGAUUAUUAAUUUAUUUCUAAGUUAAAAGAUGUUUUAUCUGUAUUAAUAUGUAUUGUAAAAACAUUCUUAUUGAUCUAUAAAUUUAUUCAUUCGAAAUUAGUAUAAUUUCAUAAAUAUAUUUAUGACAGAUCUGAAGCCGAUCGAAGAAAUAGAAAUUGAUUUGAAGUAUAGGAGUGAAUUAAUUGCCUGCAUUUUAUCUAUAUUUUU